UCAGAAAACGUGAAGUCUGAGAGCACAUUCCAGGUCACCAUGCUGCCCGGAGAUGGGGUGGGCCCGGAGCUCAUGCACGCCGUCAAGGAGGUGUUCAAGGCUGCCAGUGUGCCUGUCAUCUUCGAUGAGCAUCACCUGAGUGAGGUGCAGAACAUGGCAUCAGAAGAAAAACUGGAUCAGGUGGUUGACUCUAUGAAGGAAAGUAAAGUGGCCCUUAUCGGCAAGAUCCACACGCCCAUGGAGUACAAGGGAGAGCUGGCUUCUUACGACAUGAGGCUCAGGCGCAAAUUAGACUUGUUUGCAAAUGUUGUCCAUGUGAAGAGCUUACCAGGCUAUAAAACACGCCACAACAACUUGGACCUUGUGAUCAUUCGUGAGCAGACGGAGGGGGAGUACAGCUCUCUGGAACAUGAGAGCGCAAAGGGAGUCAUCGAGUGCCUGAAGAUCAUCACCCGGGCCAAGUCGCAGCGCAUUGCCAAGUUCGCCUUUGACUACGCCACCAAGAAAGGGCGCUCUAAGGUCACGGCUGUGCACAAAGCCAACAUUAUGAAAUUAGGUGAUGGGCUCUUCCUCCAGUGUUGUGAAGAAGUGGCAGAACUGUACCCCAAGAUCAAAUUUGACACCAUGAUCAUUGACAACUGCUGCAUGCAGCUUGUGCAGAACCCCUACCAGUUCGACGUCCUGGUCAUGCCGAACCUCUACGGGAACAUCAUUGAUAACCUGGCAGCCGGCUUGGUGGGCGGUGCCGGUGUGGUUCCCGGGGAGAGCUACAGCGCCGAGUACGCCGUGUUCGAGAUGGGCGCCCGCCACCCCUUCGCCCAGGCCGUGGGCAGGAACAUCGCCAAUCCCACGGCCAUGCUGCUCUCGGCCGCCAACAUGCUGCGGCAUCUCAACUUGGAAUUUCACUCCAAUUUGAUUGCGGAUGCGGUGAAGAAGGUGAUCAAAGUCGGAAAAGUGCGUACGGCGGACAUGGGGGGCUACGCCACGUCCCUGGAUUUCACCCAAGCUGUGAUAGCUGCCCUGGAUGUUUAGGGCCCCUCACCUCGUCUUCCCUGCUCCCACCUGGUAAUUUAUCGCUUCCCUCUAAUAAAAGUGGCCCCUGCAGCAUGGCAGGGC